ACUGGAAAUAUACUCCGUAAUAAUUCUCUGUAUAAAGAGCACCUGUGAAUCAAUAAAUAAGAUACACGAUUCUCUUCCGCUAUCAUCUUUCCUAUCUCUUCUGCUCUUUCACUAACACCAGUUCGCAGUUGAGGGUUUGAUGGAGUUCACGGAGAAGGAAACUGUUAUGAACGCGGUGCAAGAGAGCGUACCGUGCGCGGACAGAGGAGGCGAGGUCGCCGACAAUUAUAUUCUACUCAAAUUUUCAUUAUACAAGUAUAUCGGCUGCUGCCCUGGUCCGGAGUCCCCAAUUCGUUGGGACUCACAAACCCACCAAGGAGAAAAAGACUUCUGGGUCGACCUGGCGGGGAUCAAGCAGAUGCCUUCCGCCUACCGCAGCCGGUGUAGAAGAUCGUUUUCAGAUUAUCUUUCAACCACGAAUGUCCCGGAAGAUCAACAUGCCCUUGCAAUUCAGAUGUUACUCGAGCUUGUAGACGAGGCCGUCAACCCUGAUCUCCCAAUUAACGUGGAGAUAUUUGACGUGACUGUUCAUAAUAGGAGGAGGACGAUUCCUGCGACAAGGGAGUCGAUUGAAGGCUUGGAAAGAGUGAGGCUUGAUCUCUUGGAAGAAGAUGGAGAAACAUGUGCCAUUUGUUGGGGGGUUUAUGAUCAACUGGUUACUAGGUUGCCCUGCUCACACUAUUUUCAUGGAGAAUGUAUUUGCGGGUGGCUGCAGAUCAAUCACGUUUGUCCUAUGUGCCGAUUCGCAAUGCCUACUGAGGAACUGCCAUCAACUUAAUUUGCUGCAAAUAACUAAGAGGCGAUGUCCUCUUAAUUCAUUCGCUGCAAUUGCUAGUUUCUGCUGAACUUUGGAGAAUGAAGUUAGCUAGUAUGAGCAACAAAUAUGGCAAGAAUGAUGACAUAAAGGAGGUGCUCAUGUUGCAUCCCAGUUCAAUCUGGCUGGGACUUUUUGUACAUGGACUUGCUUUAAUGUCUAUUGUAGUAUUGCUUAUACCUGUAAAAAUUUCAUUAGAAAUCAUAUUUGGGGUUAUGUGCUGAAAACUAUUCAUUUUGCUAAAAUUUUAAUGGAUUUUAUCUUGUAAACGAUUGAUGCAUAAGUUUUAGAGAUACCUCUCCUACAUGUAUCACAAGCCAUAUCUGGCUUUGCAUCUUUUGAAAUGAACUGAAGCUGUUGUUUU